UAAAGUGUUACCAUAAUAUUUUAUUGUAAAACAUUUUCAACAUUAAUUGUGUCAAAAAAUGUUUGGGUAAUAAUGUUAUGUUGACAUUGACAAUCUUUGCUAAAAUGUAAAAUGGAAAUUAACGUUACACUAAGAACGUUCUCUACCAACCUUGAGAAGACCUUCACAUAAUAUAAAGUUUUCUGAACACUUCCCUUGCUAGCUGGUACAGGCCUUUACAGUUUUUGGCUUGUGAUGAUAUUUCAAGUUUAAUAACAUUUUUUUCUAAAGCCUUUCUGUGACAUUAAGAUUUUUUUUAUUGUUAAAAAAAUUUAGUCCUUCAACCCUUCAACGUCCUUUCUUGAAGCCCUUUAGAAGUUAAUCUAUCUUGCAUUUUCCAUAUUGUGUCUGGAAAAAUAGAUUUCACCCUUGUGGUUCUAUAUUUGGACAGGAAUCUGUGUAUUGGCCAAAUUUCAUUCAUGAGUGUUAAAGAGUGAAUAUAAGUGAUUAUUUUUGGCCCCAACAGGACAUGUGCAAUGAUUCUAUUUCCCUAACAAAUGAGAUGAGAGAAUCAGAAGAGGUGCAGCUCAGAAUGGCGGAGCAGGCAGACUUCAGUCAGAGCGUAAAGGACGUACUCACAGGGUGCAUUUCUCUUUCCUCGCUUGUGGUUUCCCGUAUGACUGCAGGUGAUCUGGGGUUUGUGAAAAUGGAACCAGGUGGGAGGGUUUUAAACAGCAGCAGAUGCUCUGCAGACAGCUUGUGUGAGGGCACCAACUUAAACCACAGCGUUGUUCCUGCAGCCAGCAAAGGAAAUGUGCUCCUGUUCAGGAACCCGCAGAGUGCUGAUGUCAGAGGGCUGAAAUAAAACAGUUUUGCUGUCUGCGAGUGCUGGUCAUCAAGCUUGUUCUCUUAUUACAGAAGUUCUUCCUGAUUGUAUCUUUCUGGCGGUGAGAGCUCACGCUCCACCCCACCACCAAAAUGGCAUCCAAACCCCAAGCCACGCUCAUGAAGAAACACAGUCAGACUGACCUGGUGAGUCGGCUGAAGACACGCAAGGUGCUGGGAGUUGGCGGCGAGGAUGAUGAUGGCGAGGUGCACAGGUCAAAGAUCAGUCAGAUGCUGGGCAAUGAAUCCAAAUUCGGGGGGAGAGAACCUGUAGGUCUCAGGUUUUGGAUCUUCAUUUCAGCAGUCACACUUACUGUGGUGGCUUUAAUGGCUGUUGCGUUCCCCAGCCAGCUCUACGAAACAGUCUUCAAGGAGAAGCUUUUUGCCGCCCGUAUUUCCAUCCGGCUUUAUGGGGGAGCACUUCUCAGUAUUUCUUUAAUCAUGUGGAAAGGUUUGCAUACUGCAGAGAAGGUUAUUAUUCAGUGGAGCCUGCUGGCAGAGGCCUGCUACUUGGCAAUCCAGUUUUUGGUUACAUUUGUUACCCUCAUAGAAGUCAGCCCGGUGUCCCACGGCCCCAUGAUCCUCCUCCUCCUCAGUCAAGUGCUCUUCCUCAUUGUUACCCUCUACUUCUACUUCCACUUGAGACGCCGGCCCAAGAAGACCUGAGGAGCGGCAGAUGAAUCGGAGGAGGCCUUGGCAGGGGGGUUGUAUUUCUGAGGCAGGGUUCUUCUUCUCCAGAAGCUGGUCAGCUUUAGCGCAGCUCCAGGUCUUCUGGUUUGGAGCCUUGCUGUUAUGCACUGUACCUCAGUUGCCUCAGUAAAAUCCAGUCUUUUUACUGGUGUAACACAGAGUCUCUUGUUAUUGUAUAUGUGUCACUGGGUAGCCCUGAUUGCUUGUAAACAAUGCACCUCAUAGUAUUAGGUUAGGGUGCCUUAAUGCAGGACUCUUUAGGACCAAAUUACUUCUGCAUUGGGGGUCCUUGCUCAUAAACUACUUGCCAGUUUGAAUGUUAUUACUUUCAGUUUCUCAUCUGUUUAGUCCCUUCUUACAAAAGGGAAUUGCAGCUAAUGAAGGUUUUGAUUUGAUAGAUGUAGGGUAUAUAGAAUGUGAGUCCACUGCUCUAAUGUGCUUCAUGCUUUUACUGCAUCACUUAUAUAUCUGAUUCUGGCUAAAUAAUUUGAGCACAAGAAACAAUAUUGGAUAAAGUCGCUUGUUUUUGUGAUUUCACAUGUAUCAGCUUGUUCCAUAGUUGACUGCAGUUUUAUAUUCCAUGUUAAUGUAGUCUGCAUACAGGUUUGAGACACUAGCAUUCUCUAAUAUCCUGUGUAUGGAGAUAAAGACAGCAGUGGGUAGUUCUGACAUUAAGUAUAUAAGGCACCAUUUCUAUGUGCUUUUUCUUUGUGUUCAUACUGUUCUUACUUUUUAUUAUGGGUUUUGUUCCACCUUUCACUUUAGUUGAUUAAUCUUACAACUUUUAAACAAUCACUUUCAUUCAUUCUUUCAUUCAGCACAGUUGAUGAUUUACUGUAUACAGUAUAUUCAAAAAAGCUUGAGUUAAGGUAUUUCAGAACAUUUCUUUCCUUAAGAUAACCUAUACUGGUCAUUGUUUCAAUUAAUCAUAUUUGCUUUAAAUUGCUUUCCUAAUAAUUUGUGAAAUCGCCCCAACACAAAGAUGGCGGCGAGCUUCGUUUAAUUCAGGCCAUACUACAUCAUAAAUAUAUCGUAGCUCAUAAAUGUAAUAUUGAGGCCAGGCUGAAAAAAGGCCCUCGCAUGAGUGUUUGAUUAAAAAGAACCUGAAUUGUGUAGCUGGCAUAGACAGCACUGAUACACAAGGGUUUGCCAGGCUCAGGGUUAAGAAACCUGAUAUCAUGCAGUUAUAUUCGCUACACUGUAUACCUAGUGUCAUCCCAUGAGGACCAGGCACUAUAGGAUAUGCAGUGUUUUAAUAACCAGUGAGAAGUGUGCUAUGUAGGCAGUGUAAAGUUACUUUCGUUGCCUUCAGUGGCUUUUAGGAUAUUUUUGGUUCCUUCUGCAAGGACACACAUAUGAAGAGCUUGAGGAUGCAGUUUAGAGAGUUGAUCAUAUUUCCAAAAUUCAGUCCAAUUCGCGAGUACCGUUUCUGUGGACUUAGAGAGUUUUGGCAAAUGAAACAAAAGUUCUUUGUUGGCUUACAUGAGGACGGAGGGAGUUUUGGUUGAACGUUUGAUGAGGAAGUUUGGCUUGAGAUCAUUUGUGGUCUCAUCUCAAAAGCAGCAAAAAAUGGAAUGAGUGAGUUUCAAAAAUGUACUCUUCGAUUAUUUGUUGACAGUGGUGUUCUUUAUUUUGAAAAGCAGUAAAAUAGUAACCUAAAAGCUUUUUAAUAACUCCUACAUGGAUGUGGUAUACUGUAGGAGUAUUGUAAUAAGACAUAUUGUAGAAAUUUAUACAUUUUGGAAAGUGGUUUUGUAGUGUAUAAGUGUAGAUGUAGCAUAACUUUGUGAGGCAGUCACAUUAUAAAUUGUACUGAAAUUUGUUGGUGCUUUAGAUAUUAAUGAAAACAAUACCAGCCUGACAUGGGCACUCUUCACAGACUUGUUUCCAGCUGUAUACAUAAGUCUGUGCAAGAUAAAUUUGACAGUUGGGUAUGAUUUGAGAGCGAGGAGGAGCACUGGCUUGUUCCUCCGUAUUACCCUGUAGUAUGGUUAAGAUCUUUUGAUGCAUCAGAUUAUUGUUACUUGUGGUGAUGAUGAAGCCACAGACAAGGAUCAGCUUACAACUAUCCACUUUUAUUAUAAAAUUAGAAGUACUGUCACAGAACAGAGGGCGCCCCAAACACUAAACAUACAUGACUGAAACUGCCACGCCAAAAAUAGGACCUUUAAAUGACAUGUGCUCCCAGUAAGCAAUGCUAGCUUGCAAUUUACUGAGCCCAGCAGUCAGUGACUCCUCUAUCCCCACACCCUGAUCUUAGCCCGCCUAGUUAUAAGCCAUUUUUCAUCAGUUACAGUAAUGAGAACCAGCUGGGCCUCAUUAGCAAGUUCACAGGCUGGAAAAUGCUGGAUCCUCCCAUAAGGGAGAGACCUGCCUCCUACUGCUUCUGACUUCACUGCAGAUUUGUAUAUAAAGUGUGUUUAUUACUGUUUAUUUUAGAAUAGACCCUUAUAUUUUAUUACAAAAUGGAAAAUAGAAAGUCAGUUUCAUAGUGUAAUAGUGUCACAUGUUUUCCACAGUAUAAGUAAACUGCAGCUGUAUGUUUCUUGUUACAGUAUUUCAGUGCUUCUUCAUUACAGGAUUUUAGUCAGUUAGGAUGCUCUUAUUGCAAACCCUCCUGUAGUUCUUGCCAUUUAAAUCAAGACAGUACCUUAAACUAACCUGUUUUGCUCUUUGUUGCAAUAAUGGGAUCAUUUUAAACUUUGAAUGCAAAAACAAUUGUAUUUGAAAAUAAUUUUAAAUGCAAACUGUAUGUUAUCAAAAUGCAGCAUUGUAUACAUACACUGUUAAAUAAAACAUUUUUUUUCAAAUGCC